AUGCUGGGCAAGCUUUUCAACCUGAACACGGCCACGGCCGGAGGCGAGUCUUCUGACCAAGGCCCAUCUUCGACCAGGAUGUCCCCCGAGUCGGUGCAGGAAGAGAUCCAUAUGCGCAGUCUGCUAUUCCCCGAUACCCAGGCGCUCUUCUCUCGCCAAGAUCAGGUGUAUUCCCUACCGAUGGCAUCUGCACAGCAGACGAGCGCCCAGACGAACACCUUUGACUACGAUGGGGAUAUCGAUAUCGACGUCCGCGACGUUCGCGUGAUUAUCAUGCAGGACACUUUGGGAUCAGUCAAUCCUUCUCUGCUGUUUGACAGCCAGCCGUGUCCACCAGUAGAGCGAUCAUCGCCGCCAUCGAAUACCACCUCUUCCCAGACCCUUGUGCAGGACCUUCGACGCGUCCCUACGACACAGAGGAAGGGAAGCCUUGGCCAGCCCUCGAGGCCAUUGGUGAUCCAACCAGGUAGCCCUCCGCCUCGGCAGGGUGUGUUUGAUAGAAGAGGAUCUAUACAGGCGCGCGCCUAUACCACCGCCGAGACUGAGUCACAACGGUCUGCAAGGGAGUAUCGUGAGGAGCUGGGCAGCUUCUCCAGUUGCAUCUUUGCCAACACUGAAGUCAUGGCCUACAAAGGGACAUCCACCAAGGUCCACAUCAUUCCGAGCGAUUCACGGUCGUCUGGUGUGCCAAGCUCUUAUGUAGGUGAUGGUCGAAGCUCCAUGGGAAGGUCCAGCAUGCGGUCAAGCAGACUGGCCCAAUCCUCUACGUCCGAAGCUGCGAACCCACAGGGUACGAACUCUUUCACGGCGAAGCAGACAGAUGGUAACAAGAUUCUGGUUACUCGCCUAUUCCCAGUUAACCUCCCAAGCGACGACUCGGAGACGCCACAUGGCCGCGCGUCCGAUGAUGGCGGAGGAUUCCCAUUUCCAUAUUCACCAGACGAUUCGAAACCACAGAAGAAGAAACCGAAACCGGUACCCAAGAGAACCCCGAUGUACGCUGUUGCAUUGGUUCUUCAGCUCCCCUCUGGCUCGCCUAGUACAAAUGCAGGUGGAGCAGCACCCAAGUCGGCCUAUCGAGCAUCGAGCUCUUAUACGGAGCCGGACCACUUUCCCUCUUCAUAUGGAUCUACUCGCCGAUCCGGAUGGACUAUGGUCAACCCUGGGUACGGUUCCGAGUCAUUUGAGUCAACAUACAGCAACGAUGUCGAAGACCGCAUGGAUGUGAUAACCCAACAUUGGGAUAUCAUCAUGAGAACCCUCACACACCUCCAGUCCGUCGUGGCUAGCGCUCUGUUCCCGAUGCUCAAGCAAGCAGAUAUAUCUGCCCCAGACCCACACCCGGCCAAUGUCCCCGUGCAGAUUGCCAGAACAGGAUCUAUGCAUAGUCGUCGUGGAUCGGACGUUUCCCAGAUGAAGCAGCCAAAGCAGUACGCGAAGCUAGUCGCACUGCCUCCAAACUCGCUGAUGCAAGAUCGGCGAAUCAGCGAGGAGAUCGAGGAUGCGAAGCUACGGAUUGUUACAGGCCUGCGUGCCACGAGAGUGGUGACAGGGCAAGGCCGAUGGGGACCAUGGAGGGAAGAGGCGAGAUGGGUCGCGAAAUGGGCUGGUGGUAAAGAACAAGGAUUCUUCUUCUUCAACCUCCUUACAGGAUUCCUUGCGACACACACGGACUGGCUUCAAGCGUUGAGUCCCGUCUGGUAUCGAAGACGACACUACCAGCAGCAGAAGGCAAAAAGCGAGGAGGACACUUCGCUCCCUUCGAGGACGAUCAUUGUCGCAAAGGACAAGAUGGCUGCGAGGCGACUGAUUUUCCUACUUUCGGCAUUUUUGCCCGCGAAUCAGCAGCUGCCAACAGUGCGCGCACAGCGACCGGCCACUUCGGCAUCCUUUGCCGCAUUUGGGCAGUCUCCACCGUCAUAUGUCGUGCCGAUCAACAAGGAAGAGUCUUUGCGUCGGAAGAUCAAUCGACGACAAGGCCCACGAGGGUCAUCGCAUACAAGAAGCUUCAGUAUCCAGUCGCAGGCUACAACGAGGUCUGCAACAGGAAUACCUGCGCAGCUGGCGCAUCUUAGCAUGGACCAGCAGCAUCAUGGGCGACGGUUGUCCGAGUUGUACACACCGGCUCACCUUCCAAUCGCUGGGAAUGACCUCAACACACGGAAGAGCAGUACCGCAACAACGAACACCGUGGUGCCUGAUGCGGCUAUUCCUCACUUCUCUACGAUGCAUAGGAGCAGCAUGAACCGCAGCCUCCGACCUGGCAGUAGCAGCAGCAUAGCUGCUGAUGACCUAAAGCGGUCACUCAAUAGGGGCGAUAGUAGUGGUCAUGCGAGCCAUGGCAGCACGGAUUCCCGUAGCCAGAGCUCCAGAUGGGGCAGUGUCAUCAGUGGGCUUUGGCCCGCAAGGCGACGAGAUUCGACAGCUACCACGUCGCAGACUCUGGACAUUCCUAGGCAGCGCGUUGCUCCACUCGCGUCACCCACUCAGGUCACGGCUGCCGCUGCCAAGAAAGAUAAACUGUCGCAAAUGGUAGAAGAAGCACAGGUCAUAGACGCAGCUGAGCCUGGCCAUUUCGGUCAGGGUAAUCCGAACCGCACCGAACCGGAUACGCCUCGGACGAGACAAUUCGAGCCUCCGUCUAGGACGCCAGAUCCUUUAGGUGCAUACGAAUCACCUGUCAAGACGUCGAUCAAUAACGAUGAUGGAGUCAUUGAUGUCGACGUUCAGUUUCCGGACUACUUGACAUCGCUUGAGACUGCCGUCAGUUCGCCAUCUAGUAGCGGCUAUCUUUCAACCCCUGGGCUCGGCGGUGGGCUAGAUGCCUUUGAGCAGUUCUCACGCCUGGCCAUUGACGGCGAUGCCCCCUUGAAUGUUGCCGGAUGGCUGCAGGGGUUUCAUCCGGAUUUUGUAUUGCAGGCGAUUCCACCGCAGAAAGACCUACUCGACCAAGUCCGGGAAUCCCUCAAGGCGGAGCCAACACCAACUGGGCACCACCCCUCUCUUUCAGCGGACUGGUCUACGGAACACUGGGUUGAUGUCAGUACUGCGAUUGUGGCGGACACGACCAACUUCACCAUCAAACGACUUCGCUAUAGCCGCCUUGUGAAGUACAAGGCUCCACCUGAUCGAAGUAGUGGCCACUACCUGACUCCUUAUGGCUCUUCACUCAUGACACCGGCGCUUUCACCAUACGAACAGCCCAUCAAGGAUAAGAUUGAAGAAGAAGUACUCGUAACGUUGGACGAUGCUCUCAUCGACGCGGUAGAGAGAGUCAUUGCUCAUGCUAGUGACAUGAGCAAGGAAAGUUCUGCCACGUCAUCCCGAUCUGUCAGCAAGCGAAGAGAACGAAGCAAUAGUGAAGUUUCGGAACUGGAGCAUUGUUUGGCACCAGACAGUCAGCAUGACUUUCUCGAAGUGCCACGUGCCGAGUGCAAGACGGUUGUCUUGAACGCCUUGGGCGGCAUCGUGCAAGAUGUGGCAGAUCAGCGCGAGAAAGAGGGUCAGGGCGCGACUAGACCUGUCACCAGCAAAGCAACACGGGAAAAGGAAAGCGCACUACGAGGAGCAGUCCGAGCAUGGCUCGAAAACGUCGAACUCGGCGAUGUAUAA